AUGCGACGUGACCAGCACGGGCAGACAGCUGCUUCUAAGAGGACUGGUGCAACCCUCCAAGGCCCCUCAGCUCCUGCCUUGGCUUCUACAUGGCUUUGCUCUGUCUUCCCGGGGCUAGUCCAGGACCAUGUCCCAGCCCCGCAGCCCCCUCCCCAGCCCUCAAGACCUCCCCAAGGCCAGCUCCCAAUAAGUACCAUCAGCAAUCUCUGCACGUUUGAGGAUCAAGUCGUCUGUCCCAUUUGCCUGGAGGUGUUCCACAACCCAGUCACCACCGCCUGUGGCCACAACUUCUGUAUGACCUGCCUUCAAGGUUUCUGGGACCACCAGGCUACCACGGGUGAGACUCUUUAUUGCCCCCAGUGCCGAGAGAGCUUCCCCUCCAGGCCGCGCCUCUGCAAGAAUGUCGUCCUGGAGGAGAUGGUGACCUGCAUCACCCAGGCCAGGGGCCAGACCUUGGGGUCCUCUUGGAACUUGGCUGGGCCCAGGGACAUGCCCUGCGACUUCUGUGGCCCCCAGAAGCUCAAGUCAGUCAAGUCGUGCCUGGAGUGCAUGGCCUCCCUGUGCGAGAAGCACCUGCGCAGCCACUUUGAGGACCAGAUGUUCCAGGGCCACCGGCUGCUGGAUCCCGUGUGGGAUCUCAAGAGCUGCUUGUGCCAGAAGCAUCACAAGCUGCGGAGGCUGUACUGCCGCACGGAAGGCUGCUGCGUGUGCGGGACCUGUGUGCUGGAGAAGCACAAGAACCACGACACUGUCCCCCUGGGGUAGGAGCGAGCCCACAAGGAGGUCGAGGUGCGGCAGGUCCAGGCUAACGUGGAGAACCAGAUGCUAAUGAUCACCUCCGACAGCCGGAAGCACCGAGGGCAGGUGGCCUUCCUCUCGAAAUUGAUCCAGACAACACGUGAUGAGGUGAACUACUGCUUCUCAGAGAUCAUCCGGGAGGUCAAACAGCUGCAGAUGAAGGUCUUAGAUUUUGUGGAUACAGAGGAGGCAGCUGCCCUGGGGAAGGUGGGCAGCACCGUCCAGCAGAGCCACAACCGGCUCCUAAAGCUGGAGGGGACAACGUCUGGCUGCACCCUGCUCGCCAACCAGAGUGACCAGCAGUUUCUGCAGGAGUUCCCCAGGCUAAAGCACUUCCCAGAUUGCAUGGAACCCCUGAUGGGCACCAACUGUGAAGAGAAGCAGAACUUUCUCCAGCUGCCAGAGACCCUGGCGGAGUUCCGGAGCCAGCUGGUGGAUGUGGGUCUCAGCUUUGUCAACCAGCUUCUCCUGCGGGGCCUUAAAAUGAACUCCUAUGAGGUGCUGCCCCCAGCCGUGGACAGGAAAACACUUCUCAAGUCUUACUGCAACAUGAACUUCGACCCCGCCACGGCCAGCGAGGAGCUCUUCCUGUCCAAGGAGACUCACUCGGUGCUGAACCUGGGCAUCCUCCUGGAGCGCUAUGCCGCUGGCUGCCCCUUCCCGGGCUCCAAGCACUGGCUGCAGGUGCUGUGCUCGCGCAGCCUGUCCGAGGGCCGCCACUACUGGGAGGCCGAAGUGACCAACUCGUGGGUGUGCCUGGGCGUCACCCACCGCCGCAGCGCCCCACUCAGCGGCCGCCCGCCCCGCAACAUCGUCUACCUGCUGGGCCGCAACCCGUACUCUUGGUGCCUGGAGUGGGACUCGCUCAAGUUCUCCGUGUGGCACAACAACACGCAGACCGUGCUGCACGGCGGCCACCACCGCACGCUCGGCGUGGCGCUCGACUGCAGCGCCGGCUGCCUGUCCUUCUACGGCGAGGCCGGCAGCGUCAGCCUCAUCUACCGCUGCCUCGCCUCCUUCCUGGAGCUGCUUUACCCGCCGGUCAUGGUCUGCAGCGGCGCCUUGGUCACACUCAAGCAGGUGUAGGCGGGCGGCAAAUAAAAGCUGGACUUCAGAGCUGGCUGGGGCGCCGCGGGGAGGGGAACCCGGGAGGGUGGCCGGCCCUCGGGGUCACCUGACUGGGGGUUAAGGGGUGGGUGGUGAACCUGCCGUGGAACCCGCUGGCUGGACUUCUCCUGCGGCACCCACCCGCCCAGUGGCCCUGGGAACCCCAGAAAACAAGCAGACCUGUCUGUCCCCCCCAGCUACAGAAGGCGCUGGACUUUCCCUGGGACCGGGGACAGUCCUGUGGCCUCUGGAGGGGGCAUUUCUGACCUGGGUGCACAGCCUAUCACCACUCCCAACUACCCAGAACCAGUCAGAGGCCACUGGCCUUGGUUAUCCAGGCUGGUCCUGACCAUUCAGCACCAGGGAGGUAGGUACCUGUCCCCAAAGGUCUCGUGGCCUGAGCAUGGGUGGGGCUUGGACCAGGUGGCUUCUCUUGGGCUCCUCCCCCUCAGGUGGCCAGACCGAGAAGUGGCACUUACAGAUUGGGGUAGGGGUUACUGGCUUAACUGGGGGCUAGAAGUUAAACAGAAGAAUGCAGGCAGAUCUCAGACCCAAACAGAACGGCUGAGGGCCUAGGUCCAGAGCCGGGCUGGGGCUGCUGACCCUAUUGCUCAGAGCUAAGCUGCUUACACAGCUGGUGUUUUAUAGCCCAGAGGUGAUGUGGAGCUGAGGCUAUCCUGGGUUGGCAAACCUUAAACCACUCUGUGCCCUCCUCAGUGUUCCCGAAAGCUGCUUUCCCCGCCCCCAGCCCCAGGCCCAGCCCAUUCAACUGCCAGAGGGUAACACUGUGGGAAGACAAAGGGACUUCCUCCUCGCCCAGUCCUCUCCUGUUCCACCUGCCCAGCAGGGUGUGUAGAAAUCUGCCUGAGAGGCUAGACCCCUGCCAGGCCACUGCCCUGCGACCCUGGCAGGAGCAUGACUGGGGACACCCCUCUGGGGAAGCUGCCUCUGAAUUUCCAGCCUCAAUCAGCCACUUGUUCCCGUAGCUUCUCAUCCGGGGGUUCUCAGUAAGGUUAAUGAUUGGCUCUGAAGAGUUGAAAUGAUACAAGCCAUGGAAGAAAAUCCCUAGGGCAAUGUAGUUCCAGACACAGGCCAAACGGUGCCCCAAGGAGAUGUGCCUGAAUUCCAUCUCCAUGGGGCCUGUUCUGGGGGGAUUAGUCGCCCUCAUUUCUUGUUUAGGAGGUGGUGGUUUGGGGCGGCACAACAGGGGCACCCUUUGGCUCUUCUGAGCAAGCCUUGGCUAGGGUCUCUCCCUGGCCUUCCUCCUUGCAGACGUCCUUCAGCAGCAAUCCCAACCACUUUUCCCCUUGGGCUGCUGCCCGUGUGGAUGGGCAGGAAUGAAAUCGAAACCUUUCCCUGAUAUUGAGGAGAAAACUUUCACACCGAAAUACCUAAUUCUUGCCUCCCCACCCCACCCUCAAUCCUCAUUCUUCUCAGAUCCAGGGGUUGCAGGCUUCGGGCAAGGUCAUGACGCUGAGGAGGUGCAUGCGUGAUCCGAGGGGACAGGGGCCUGCUCUGGCUAGCUGCGUGGGUCUCAGCGUCCUUCCACGUGAGGGAGCUGACAAGGAGGGGGCGUGGCCCUGGCCAGCUCCUUCCGGCUUGGAGGAACAUGUAGUUCCAGAGUAGGGUGGUGUGUAAUCCCCGAACUGUGACACCCUCAGGCACAUGGUACAAAAUCACAUCCGAAUGCAAGAGGAAUGUCAUUGGCUUUCUUAAAUAGUAGUUCCUCAUUUAGAGCUCCUAGGCCUGUAGGGGUCCACAGUGAUAGUCCUGGGGGUCCACAAAUACUUUGUAGUAUUUCAAAAAGCCAAAUGGCAAGCAGGCGUGCAUGUCAGUGAGGUUGGCCAUCAAACCAAAAUGUCAGGGUUGUUUGCUCAUGACUCAGCAUUUGCCUCAUAGGAAAACAUCACAGGGGGGACCUGUGGGUGCACAUCAGCCAGUGCUCUUGGAUAAUCCACAUCAGUGAACCCUCCCGCUCCCCUUUCCCCCACUGUAGAGAAACCAGGGAGGGGACCGUCCCUGGAACGCUGCCCACACACUUGCCAUGCCGUCCGGCUCCUGCCUUAGCACGCAAGGAAUACUUUGUUUAGUAUGAGUCCAAACAGGCUGUAAAACAAUCU